CACACAACGACGAACAACGACAACGAUGACACACAUCUCCUUUGCCCGCAACCAAGACACGAACCACCAGGAGGGAGCAGGAUGGAAGCAAGGCAAGGAGGGCAGGCGGGAGACACGCCGCACACAACGACAGUAGAACAUGAGCCACGUUCUACUCGCUCCACCACCAACACCACAACGACAACAACGACGACGACGGGUGCAGUGGGAACCAUGGACGCGGCCAUUUCGCCUGGCGCACGCCACCAUCAUCAUCAUCAUCAACAGCACCAACAACAACAACACCAGGACACAACACCACCACCAACAACAACACCACCACCAAAGACAACAACAACAACAACGGCAACAAGGACAGCAUCCAAGGCACGACAGCACGCAGACGAAGAAGACACGGAGCAGGACGAGGCGGCGCACGACGCACAAGUCAUGGCAUCAAAGCCGGAGACGGCGCAUGAUCUCGCUGCGCUCGUGCGAUUCCUCCUGGCCGAGGUGCAGACAGAGCUGACGGAGCGAGAAGCCGAGCAAGCCAAGGCCAAGGCCAAGCAAAAAUCGCCCAACAAGCAAGCAAAGGCUGCGACAACAGCAACGACGAUGGUUGGCGGCUUCACAGCGGCCUGGCGCCGUGGUGCCAGCCCAGAGCGCACGGCAGAGAUUGACCACAACUUGAAGACGGCGGUGCUCAACACCAUCGCCGCCAUGCACAUUGUGGAUUGGGAGCUGCCACACAUUGCACGUCGUGCGCGCUCCUAUCGCGUCGGCGACUUUGCGCCUUACAACGGCUACCACGCCCUCAUGACCAUUCUCUCCAGCAUUCUUCUCGCCAUCAAGCGCGUGUUGGCGCAGUACCAAGAGUCGAGCAAGACCGCUGCGGAUAAAGUACAGCUGUCCGAAGCGCUGCAGGAGCACGGCGCUGUUGUGCUGCACGCAUACGUCAGGAUAUUUGGCAAGGGGGCGGAGCUGGCGCAGCACGCAGGAAACGAAGACAUCUUCUUCAAGACAACAGACGUUGCGUUUCAGGACCGGCUGAUGACGGAGCUUGAGUCUGCGGCGCGGGAAUGCUUCUUUGGCCGCCAUCUCGCCUUCUACCACCUCGCCCCAAUCAGGAGCUUCCUCCAGUCCAUUGCGCGAGCGCUCGUGUCGUACAGUCACGGAGCACAGUACACAACCAGCACUGGUGCCUUUGCAUCCUCCCUCGCGUCGUGGUUCCACUACAUGUACAAGUAUGUGUGCGUGUGUGGAUGGGUCAACGACGAGCUGCCGCUGCCCGUGUGCGAUUCGAUGAUUGAGACGACCAUUGGCGACAUCAGCCAGGCGCUGGACGACCUCGUCCUGCCAGAGGCGAUGCGGUCCGAUGCGCCGACAGCAGCGGCGGAGGACACAACCAUUUCUCACCACGUGCACGUGCUGCAGCAGCGGCAGCUCACACACAACAACGACGAGUCAGACGACUGGGUUGUUGUUGAUUCGCAGUCUCUGCCCACCCCGUUUGGAGAGCUGCAGCAGCACCACGACUUUCGCGACAUUGUGACACAAUGCGUUCCCUCCGACGAAUGGAUGCUCACCGCCACAACAGAGGAGGAGCACCCAGUCGUCAAGGUUCGCAUCCUCUCUGCACGCGCUCGAUUCGGACAGCUGUACGACGUCGACACGGGAGCAACGCGUGCACGCGGCGACGCAGCGAGCCCCUAUGUGAUCCUGCACUGCCACGGCGGCGGUUUCUGCGCGCAGUCACCAACCUCCCACGAGAUCUACCUGCGGCAGUGGGCGAAAUCUCUCGACUGCCCGAUCGUCUCCGUCGAUUACAGCCUCGCACCAGAGGCGCCGUACCCAAGGGCGGUGCAAGAGUGCUUCUACGUGUACCGGUGGCUGCUGGCGCACCCGGAGCACGUGGGCACAACUGCACAGCGCAUCUGUCUCGUCGGCGACAGUGCAGGGGGCAACCUCGUCCUCGCAGUCACCCUCAAGUGCUUGCUCGAGGGUGUGCGCCCGCCCUCAGCUGUCGUGUGUGUGUACCCGGCGCUGCAGAUGGAAUACGCGCUCUCGCCAUCCCGUCUCCUCUCCGCGCUCGACCCGCUCCUCCCAGAGGGCAUCCUGCGCGCGUGUAUGGAGGCGUACACGGGUGAGAAGUGCGAGGACUUCCGGACCACUGAUCCGCUCCUCAGCCCAAUGACAGCACCAGACCACCUCCUCAAAUGCCUCCCGCCCGUGCAUCUCAUUGCCGCCGGCUUGGAUCCACUGCUGGACGACAGCGUCGCGUUUGCCCUCCGCCUCAAGCGCUUGGGCGUCCCCUUCCACCUCAAAGUGUUUGAGAACAUGCCGCAUGGGUUCCUGAACUUCCCGCGCACCAACCCGCACGUGGACAAGGCGUUCCACCACUGUCUGGACCAACUCCGCGCCGUCAUCACGGGCGUCAUCGACCUCUCAUAAGCGGGGCACACGUGUGUUUGUGUAUGUUUGUGUAUGUGUGCGUAUGUGUGUAUGCGACGAUGGAUUGCAAUGUACUCGUGCGUCGCGUGUCGUGGGCGUGCGUGUAAUGGAUAUGGAUAACGAGGAAGGGUGGAAGCGAAGAUGCAAACAGAGAAGGGGGACGAGGGCGUGACGUGACACAUCAAGGAACCAAUAAACGAUUGAAGCCUGAAG